AAUACUUCCUCAAUUUCCACGAAAAUCUCAGACACAGACAAGACAACCAAUCAAUUGCGUAGUUUAAGGACCUUUCUUUCCCAUUUUACAUCUUCAAGUUUAACGAAUUUCUCGCUCCAUCUCCCCUUUCUUUUUUCUCUCCUCCCUAUUUCUCUUCCUUUUCUUCAUUUUCUUUCUAUCCAAACAUGACCUCCUUAUCCAUAAGAAUUCCCUUCCAUUGUUUCUUUGAUAAACACUAUUUCCCCAACACUAAAAACAUUCAUUUAAAGCUUCCCAGAGCAGAUACUAUUAUUGAAUCAAACAAAUUCUCUGGUAAAUCUGAUUUGACCAAGUCAUUCGUUGUUUCGUCAAAGAUUCAAACACCUUGGGGAACUACGUAUAAACAAGGAGUUUCCCACAAGGUUCAGCUUUUGGUUUCGGAGUUCAAGUCUUUAACGGAGCCAAUCGAUCGCGUGAAACGGCUGUUAUAUUACGGAGAGAUGCUGGCUCCGUUUGACGAGGCGGCUCGGCUGCCGGAGAAUCGAGUCAAGGGUUGCACAACCCAGGUGUGGGUCGACGCCAGGAUUGACAAAAAUGGGAAGGUUCGGUUUCGAGCCGACAGCGAUUCCGAGAUAAGUAAAGGUUUUUGUUCGUGUCUAAUAUGGGUGAUGGACGGUGCCGACCCUGAAGAGGUUGUCGGGGUGACGGCGGAGGAGUUGGUGGAGCUGAACGUCGGAGUCCAUGGGAAGGUCCAAUCUAGAGUGAAUACGUGGCAGAAUGUGUUGAUUUAUAUGCGAAAUAAAACGGCUGCUCUGAUGGAGGAGAGACAAGUGCACCAGCUAAAGCCGCCGCGAUUUUCCUCAUUGCUUUUUAGCACCAAUGAAAUUUAGAUAGGACAUUUAGGUUUCCUUUGGUUUCCCUGUCUCUGGUAAUUUCAAGAUGUUGAUAGGAAAUUAAAGUAGUUUUUAAUAUGCUACUACUGUAUGAUUUCUGUAGAUAAAAUUACUAGACUCGAUCGAAUAAUUGAGAUGGGUGGAAAAAAAUACACUGAAGAAGAAUGGGUUUGUGCAAUAAUAUUUCGUUCUUUAAAGUAAAGAUAAA